AUGUUUACUGAUAAAGUUAGAGUAGUUUUUUCGGAUAUUAAGGAAGCUAAUAGUUGUGUCCAGGAUAAGGAUUUUUCGGCAUUUCGCGUAUAUAUUCAGGCCAAUAUUGUUGAAAUUGAUGGAGUGGUUAUUAUGGAUUUAGAUGAGAAUGAGAAAAUGCUGGAGAAGGGUGUAGGUAAACUGGAAAAAUGUCUUGAAACAGAUAUUAAGAUUCUUGAAGUAUUUAGAAUGAAGAGAAAAAGUGUCCGUGAAUCCGUUGUAUCCACACUGAUGGAAAGUGGCUCACAAACUCAUGUAGAGAGUAAAAUUGAAUGGGUUCCGGCUAAAGCGAACCAUAAGUGCGAAGCUAGACAAUUUUUGGUUGAUAGCUUGAUAAGGAAGGCUCAAGCACGGCAUAAUUUGUCUUAUGCCGGUAUCGUGCGAGGGGAUAAGGGCGUUAAGAGGCAGCGCGAAGAAGAUAACCAGUUUGAAGUACUAUCAGGGUUAGAUUCAGAUGUGGAUCUCUGCUCAGAUGACGAGUUCCCUGAACUCUCCGAUGCAGAAAAGUAUGGGUGUUUUGCAUUCAGCGGAGCUGCUAGGACACAUAUAUUAAAGCUCAAAAGAGUUCAAUGGCGAGCUCUGAGAGUUUGUUUAAGUUUAAUGCCUAGUACGCAUACUGGUUCAGUCGAAGUCCUCGCUGGUGUUCUGCCCUUAGAAUUAAGAAUUCAGGAGCAGUUGUUAAGGGACGUGCUUAGAAUCGAGGACCGUCUCCCCAGUAGUAGGGUGGUUAUGGCUAUGGCUAGGCUGCAUAACUAUGGUUUCUCUUCUCAGUCCGAAGUGGGUGCAAUAUAUGAGAAGAUACAUGAUCGGGCAUUGUGUACAUGGCAGGAAGUCUGGCACUCUGGGGAGUUGGGCAGAGAUCACCGGAGCAGUCACCAAUUUAAUUACAAAGCAGAGUUACCUUCAGAUUUGUCCGACAAACUGGAAAGGUACCGUUCAGAAACACAAAGAAGAAGAGAUCGGAGAGAGAGGGAGAAGAAGCGACAAAGAGUGGCGAGAGAACUGGCAGCAGGGAGCGUUGAAGGUGGGCUGCGGGCCACUUCUGUGGAACGACUGCGGGAGAGGGAGAGAGCAUCUACAGAGCGGCGCAAGCAAGUGGAAUCUCCAACACGCUCAGUGGUGUUUGCUGCUCCUCGCCCUCACGUAUUUUCGUCUCCGAGUAGCGUGAAAGUGCACCGUGCACGGAGGUUGGCAGAGAGGAUUCCAGAGUCUCCCUUGUCUCCCGGUGGCAAUUUUUCGUCCCCGCUUUUUCCGAUUAGUGAGACUGGGGAUUUUCUCCUUGUAGGGCCUUCCCCUACACCAAGCUUAUUGGACUGUUGGAGCUCGUCUUCGGACGAGGAGGGGGACGAGGGUGAAGACGUCCAUCCUGGCCAGGCUGGGGAGGGGCAGGCAGUUUUCGCCGCGGGCUGCCGAAUCAAUCUCUCGCAUCUCAGCCCGUGGAGAAGGGCACUGUACAAACUCCACCACUACCACUGGGCCCAGGGUGCGUGUGAAGGGCGGCCCAUCUCGCUCGUCCAAGUGUCUGGGGUUAUCUCCAGGGGUGGUACGCACAGAGAUAAAGCCACCCAGACGGCGCGUGGAGGUGGUCAGCUCCCUCAGAGACCAACGCCAGUCAUCCCCGUCGACGAGCUACCGCGAGAUCCGCGAAUCCAGGAAAGUGGAGGACAAUCGACGCCCUCCGCUCGAUUCGGGGGUGCGAGAGAACGGAGAGAGGCACAGGACAGUCAGGCAGAGACUGGGGUGGAUUGUAAAGCCUACCAAGGCGUGGAGGAGGCGGCAGCGAAGGAAGAAGGCUGCCACUCUCAGGAGAGAGGAGGCUGCCACUCUCAGGAAGACGAGGGGAGUUCCAUCCCCAUAGUUUGUUUGCCUGGUUCCAGAGAAGAUGGUGAGGUUCACAAGGAGUGACAUUUAAAAGGAACAUGUGGUUUAUAAAUAAACAGGGACUAGUCUAAAUCCAUCAAACAA